GGAGGAGGUUGCGGCUGGUUUGAAAGCGGCAGUUUCCUGGCAGCUUGGGCAGGCGUUGGUCUCCGCGCUACAGCUCCGCAGCGGCCACGAUCGAUCCCGCGACGGGUCUACGCGCGCUUCUGCGCGCCCCCGACGGAUUUUUCCCGUUCCCGGCUCUUCCCCCUUCACCUCACCGCCCCCCCGCCUCAGCCUUUCCCGCCGCUCGGGCGCUGAGCCCAGGGACCAGCCGGCGGCAGUGACCCCGCCCGAAGCCCCCUCUGGAACCUCCUGGGGACAAUUCCCUUUUCCUUUCUUCAGCCUAACCCGCGGUGGCCCUCGCGGAGUCCGGACAGCCCCGGGGAGCGCAGCCGGGAGGGGCGUCCAAGGGGCGUCUCGGGUCUGGGAACGGCCGGGCCCCCAGCGGGCUGUGGUCGCCGGGUGGGGGCCGGAGCGGCGAGGCCCCCCUUACCGGGCUACGCGGGCCGCCCAGGGCCCCCGGGCUGAGACGGGGCCGGAGCGGCGCCCGGGCCGCCCGCGCGGGGUCUCCCCCAUGGUGCAGCGGGGUUCGGGAUGUCGAAGACGCUGAAGAAGAAGAAGCACUGGCUCAGCAAGGUGCAGGAGUGCGCCGUGUCCUGGGCCGGGCCCCCGGGCGACUUCGGCGCGGAGAUCCGCGGUGGCGCGGAGCGUGGCGAGUUCCCCUACCUGGGGCGGCUCCGCGAGGAGCCCGGCGGGGGCACCUGCUGCGUCGUCUCGGGCAAGGCGCCCAGCCCAGGCGAUGUGCUGCUGGAGGUAAACGGGACGCCUGUCAGCGGGCUCACCAACCGGGACACCCUGGCUGUCAUCCGCCACUUCCGCGAGCCCAUCCGUCUCAAGACUGUGAAACCAGGCAAAGUCAUUAAUAAAGAUUUGCGGCAUUACCUAAGUCUUCAGUUUCAAAAAGGAUCAAUUGACCACAAACUGCAGCAAGUGAUCAGAGAUAAUCUCUACUUGAGAACCAUUCCAUGCACUACAAGGGCCCCCAGGGAUGGAGAAGUACCAGGAGUGGAUUAUAAUUUCAUUUCCGUUGAACAGUUCAAAGCACUGGAAGAGAGUGGAGCAUUGUUAGAAAGUGGGACAUAUGAUGGAAACUUCUAUGGAACUCCCAAGCCUCCAGCAGAACCCAGCCCUUUUCAGCCAGAUCCAGUUGAUCAAGUCCUCUUUGAUAAUGAGUUUGAUGCAGAAUCUCAAAGAAAACGAACUACAUCUGUCAGCAAGAUGGAAAGAAUGGAUAGCUCUCUUCCUGAAGAGGAAGAAGAUGAGGACAAGGAAGCUAUUAAUGGCAGUGGAAAUGCAGAAAACAGAGAGAGGCAUUCUGAGUCAUCUGACUGGAUGAAGACUGUUCCAAGUUACAACCAAACAAAUAGCUCCAUGGACUUUAGAAAUUAUAUGAUGAGAGAUGAGACUCUGGAACCACUGCCCAAAAACUGGGAAAUGGCCUACACUGACACAGGGAUGAUCUACUUCAUUGACCACAAUACCAAGACAACCACCUGGUUGGAUCCUCGUCUUUGUAAGAAAGCCAAAGCCCCUGAAGACUGUGAAGAUGGAGAGCUUCCUUAUGGCUGGGAGAAAAUAGAGGACCCUCAGUAUGGGACAUACUAUGUUGAUCACCUUAACCAGAAAACCCAGUUCGAAAAUCCAGUGGAGGAAGCCAAAAGGAAAAAGCAGUUAGGACAGGCUGAAAUUGGGUCUUCAAAACCAGAUAUGGAAAAAUCACACUUCACAAGAGAUCCAUCCCAGCUUAAAGGUGUCCUUGUUCGAGCAUCACUGAAAAAAAGCACAAUGGGAUUUGGUUUUACUAUUAUUGGCGGAGAUAGACCUGACGAGUUCCUACAAGUGAAAAAUGUGCUGAAAGAUGGUCCCGCAGCUCAGGAUGGGAAAAUUGCACCAGGCGAUGUUAUUGUAGACAUCAAUGGCAACUGUGUCCUCGGUCACACUCAUGCAGAUGUUGUCCAGAUGUUUCAAUUGGUACCUGUCAAUCAGUAUGUAAACCUCACUUUAUGUCGUGGUUAUCCACUUCCUGAUGACAGUGAAGAUCCUGUUGUGGACAUUGUUGCUGCUACCCCUGUCAUCAAUGGACAGUCAUUAACCAAGGGAGAAACUUGCAUGAAUCCUCAGGAUUUUAAGCCAGGAGCAAUGGUUCUGGAGCAGAAUGGAAAAUCGGGACACACUUUGACUGGUGAUGGUCUCAGUGGACCAUCAGAUACAAGUGAGCAGAGAGUAUCCAUGGCAUCGUCAGGCAGCUCCCAGCCUGAACUAGUGACUAUCCCUUUGAUUAAGGGCCCUAAAGGGUUUGGGUUUGCAAUUGCUGACAGCCCUACUGGACAGAAGGUGAAAAUGAUACUGGAUAGUCAGUGGUGUCAAGGCCUUCAGAAAGGAGAUAUAAUUAAGGAAAUAUACCAUCAAAAUGUGCAGAAUUUAACACAUCUCCAAGUGGUAGAGGUGCUAAAGCAGUUUCCAGUAGGUGCUGAUGUACCAUUGCUUAUCUUAAGAGGAGGUCCUCCUUCACCAACCAAAACUGCCAAAAUGAAAACAGAUAAAAAGGAAAAUGCAGGAAGUUUGGAGGCCAUAAAUGAGCCUGUUCCUCAGCCUAUGCCUUUUCCACCGAGCAUUAUCAGGUCAGGAUCCCCAAAAUUGGAUCCUUCCGAGGUCUACCUGAAAUCUAAGACUUUAUAUGAAGAUAAACCACCAAACACCAAAGAUUUGGAUGUUUUUCUUCGAAAACAAGAGUCAGGCUUUGGCUUCAGGGUGCUAGGAGGAGAUGGACCUGACCAGUCUAUAUAUAUUGGGGCUAUUAUUCCCCUGGGAGCAGCUGAGAAAGAUGGUCGGCUCCGCGCAGCUGAUGAACUAAUGUGCAUUGAUGGAAUUCCUGUUAAAGGGAAAUCACACAAACAAGUCUUGGACCUCAUGACAACUGCUGCUCGAAAUGGCCAUGUGUUACUAACUGUCAGACGGAAGAUCUUCUAUGGAGAAAAACAACCCGAGGACGACAGCUCUCAGGCCUUCAUUUCAACACAGAAUGGAUCUCCCCGCCUCAACUGGGCAGAGGUCCCAGCCAGACCUGCACCCCAGGAGCCCUAUGAUGUUGUCUUGCAACGAAAAGAAAAUGAAGGAUUUGGCUUUGUCAUCCUCACCUCCAAAAGCAAACCACCUCCAGGAGUUAUUCCUCAUAAAAUUGGCCGAGUCAUAGAAGGAAGUCCGGCUGACCGCUGUGGAAAACUGAAAGUUGGAGAUCAUAUCUCUGCAGUGAAUGGGCAGUCCAUUGUUGAACUGUCUCAUGAUAACAUUGUUCAGCUGAUCAAAGAUGCUGGUGUCACCGUCACACUAACGGUCAUUGCUGAAGAAGAGCAUCAUGGUCCACCAUCAGGAACAAACUCAGCCAGGCAAAGCCCAGCCCUGCAGCACAGGCCCAUGGGACAGUCACAGGCCAACCACAUACCUGGGGACAGAAGUGCCCUAGAAGGUGAAAUUGGAAAAGAUGUCUCCACUUCUUACAGACAUUCUUGGUCAGACCACAAGCACCUUGCACAGCCUGACACCGCAGUAAUUUCAGUUGUAGGCAGUCGGCACAAUCAGAGCCUUGGUUGUUAUCCAGUAGAGCUGGAGAGAGGCCCCCGGGGCUUUGGAUUCAGCCUCCGAGGGGGGAAGGAGUACAACAUGGGGCUGUUCAUCCUUCGUCUUGCUGAAGAUGGUCCUGCCAUCAAAGAUGGCAGAAUUCAUGUUGGUGACCAGAUUGUUGAAAUCAAUGGGGAACCUACACAAGGAAUCACACAUACUCGAGCAAUUGAGCUCAUUCAGGCUGGUGGAAAUAAAGUUCUUCUUCUUUUGAGGCCAGGAACUGGCUUGAUACCUGACCAUGGUGAUUGGGAUAUUAAUAAUCCUUCGUCUUCAAAUGUGAUUUAUGAUGAACAGUCACCAUUACCCCCAUCUUCACAUUCUGCUUCCAUAUUUGAAGAGUCUCACGUGCCAGUAAUUGAAGAAUCUUUGAGAGUUCAGAUAUGUGAAAAGGCAGAAGAAUUAAAGGACAUUGUGCCUGAAAAGAAAAGCACUUUAAAUGAAAAUCAGCCUGAGAUAAAGCAUCAGUCUCUUCUCCAGAAAAAUGUGAGUAAGAGGGAUCCACCCAGCAGUCAUGGGCACAGUAACAAGAAAAAUCUAUUAAAAGUAGAAAAUGGUGUUACACGAAGAGGUAGAUCCGUUAGUCCCAAAAAGCCAGCCAGUCAACAUUCAGAGGAACAUUUGGAUAAGAUUCCUAGUCCUCUAAAAAAUAACCCCAAAAGAAGACCCAGAGAUCGAUCCCUCAGCCCCAGCAAAGGGGAAAAUAAAAGUUGUCAGGUCAGCACCAGGGCAGGUUCUGGACAAGAUCAGUGCAGAAAAAGCAGAGGUCGGUCGGCCAGCCCAAAAAAGCAGCAAAAAAUUGAAGGAAGCAAAGCUCCAUCAAAUGCUGAGGCCAAAUUAUUAGAGGGUAAGAGUCGAAGAAUAGCAGGCUAUACGGGCAGUAAUGCUGAGCAGAUCCCAGAUGGGAAGGAAAAAUCAGAUGUCAUCAGGAAAGAUGCAAAGCAGCAUCAGUUGGAAAAAAGCAGAACAAGGUCUCCAGAGAAAAAAAGCAAAAGAAUGGUUGAGAAAUCUCUUCCAUCCAAAAUGACUAAUAAGACUACAAGUAAAGAAGUAUCUGAAAAUGAAAAAGGAAAGAAAGUAACCACAGGAGAAACAAGUUCUAGUAACGAUAAAACAGGAGAAAAUGUCCAGCUAUCAGAAAAGAGACUGAAGCAAGAACCUGAAGAGAAGGUAGUUUCAAACAAAACAGAAGAUCACAAAGGGAAAGAACUAGAGGCAGCUGACAAAAACAAAGAGACUGGAAGGUUCAAACCAGAAAGUAGUUCUCCAGUUAAGAAAACACCGAUAACUCCAGGGCCCUGGAAGGUUCCAAGUGGAAAUAAAGUCACAGGCACUAUUGGUAUGGCUGAGAAACGGCAGUAACCUUUAGUAUAAAACAAAGAAAAACAAGUUGUAAUCUUUUCUUACAGCAGCAUUUUUCCAGAAAAAGCCUUUUUUUUUUUUUAGAUAUUCUGAAACAGAUAAGUACAUGUUAAUGUGAGCAUCAAGUUACCUAGGCUGCAUGAAGGGCCUUAGGAUUGCUAAGAACCAACUGUCCCCCUGGCCGGCUGCCCUCCCUCGCACUCAGGAAGGAGCUGCAUCCACAUGCUCAUCUGACCCGCCCUGCUCAGGCUGCCCAGCUCGUCUUCAUGAGUGUCUGAACAAAUGACAUAUGUUGAUAUUAACAAUGUGGUCACAACUCACUUUGUAUUUGUGCCAAGUUAUCUACUGUAUCAUGUCUGUUUUUAUCCUUUUCGUUCAGCUGUUUCCACAGUAAUGAAAAAGUUAGGUUUGGCUUGGAAGUUGAUGUUCUCAAUAGCAUGUUGCAUGUUUACAGAGAGAAAUAUGUGAGUCCUUGCAGAAGAAGAGACUGUUAACUCAUCGUUAAAGAUGGCCGUUGUCUCUUCUAACAGCUACUGAUGAUGUCCCACUUUAAAAAUAAAACCCCCAAACAUCACUACUUUCAGGGAAAAAAAAUGUAGUCCAAUAUUGAUGCUUUCUUAUGGCUUUUUAUUUUAAUUUGGCUGGAUACGUUGUUUCAAAUAACUGUUAAAGAUAUUACUUACAAUUGAAUGUUCGAAAUAAGAAAGUACUUUAAGCAAUAGAGUUCAUCUCCUGCUGUGUUAUCCAACCUCGAUGUAUACUUACAGCAUCUCAGGUCACCCUUUUUAUUUCAGUUAUUUAAUUAUGAAACCAUAAAGAAGCAUGUGGAAAUAGUGUUUAUUGCUCUUUGAAGAAAAACCACCAACUAUUUCUGGAUAUUUUGGCUGUACCUACUACUAAAGUCAUUAGUCUUUAAUACAUAAUACAUAUUUGAAAAGUAAAUGUAUUAUAUAGAUUAUGUGAGGGACUUAAUUAUGAAACCAAUUUCACAGUCCAAGUACCAACUCUUCUGGUAGCAGGUGCACAAGCUUGGCUGUUUAAAAACAACCUGUGUAGGGUAUUCCCAGCAAAUGAGGACAAAUGUGUAGACAGUACUUACUGGAUCUUAUUUAACUUUUAGCUACAUUACCUAACUUUCUUAUUUAAAAACAAGAAAGGGAGACUAAACAUCUGCUUAGCUUGUACACAUUUUCAGAAUUCUUUUUAAAAGUCUAGUUAAAGAUGUUUCUUAGAAGUUGGAGACUGUUAACAACUUCCAUAAAAUAGAUCCAGGUUUUUCAGUUCCCUGAAGCAGCAUUCAGUAGCAUCUAUAUAAAUAAAGGCACCUUCUGAGAAUAAAACUAUUUUAUGGAGUGUGUGAACACACUUGUUCUGUCACCUGGGUUCAUCUUGUUGUGAAGCACAUUAUGUCCAGGUCCUUCCCUCUGGGAGUCUGACUGUGAAACUCUUUAACCCAACAACUGAAUUAGCCCCUGUAGAUAAGACAUGCUUCCCAGAGUGAGAUUUUUGAAAUCCCCUUUUCAUCCAGAACUAUAGUUACCCACCUAUUGUAACUAUUCAAAUAGAGCAAAAUUAGGAGGCUUGAUAAAUACUAAGAAUUUAGUACCACAGAAAUUAUUUAUUAUUUUCCCUGUAGUCCACAAUUAGUGAUAACGAAUCCUAUUUUUGUUAACUGUGACAUAACUUUGAUGUCAUAUGUUGUCCUAUGUGGUUCUUCCUAAGUAAACUCUGUACUGAUUAUAUACUGACUUAGCAAUGUGGCCUUGGAAUGCUGAGCAAAAUGUGGAUGUACUGGUUGUAAAUGUUUAUAUAUUGUACAGUACCUUUAUAUAUACACUUGAGGUUCUGAUUAGAGAAAGAUCUGUAAAUUGCUCAUUAUUUUUUAUAUAGAUAUUUAAAAAAAAAACAGUUGAUGGCCUGCAUUUCUUUUCCUGUCACAUUGGUUUAAUGUUGCUUUCUAAUGGUGGAGCUAGGUCCCAUCAUAGUCUGAGUCCUCAAAUAGAUUUUGUCCCUCCAAGUAACAAACCUUCAAAGUCCUAAAAUCAGGAAGAGUCUUAUAAUAAUGAUUUUACCUCUAUAGCUAUACUUUUAUUUAUAAAUAGAGUUUGAAAUUGUUUAGAGUUGAAUAUCAUUAUACCCAUUUUUCAUCUUUCAUUGUAAAGAAAAUAGCUUUGGAUAAAUAAUUUGCUACUGAAAAUCCUUUCUUAACAAACACUGUUGGGGAGAGAAGAGUUUCUUAUUGGAAAUUCAGCUACUAGACAUUUAUAAUGGAUAUAGUAAUGUAAGAAGUCCAGUUACUACAAGGUCACAAAAUCCCAUUUCAUCAGACUAAUGAUUCACAUUAUCUUUAAAGAUCAUUUAUUUAGUUUUAUACUUACUUACUUCUUUUAGAAUGUUUUGACUUAACUCCGUAUGAAAAGUGCCUAAAACCUACUUCAAGACCAUGGUUAAUUUUAUACUCUUAAGGUGAAAUAUAAAUUCCCACUUACAUUGCAAGAACUCAUACUAAAAAUAAACCCACGGUCAGGCACAGUGGCUCAUGCCUGUAAUCCCAACACUUUGGGAGGCCAAUGCAGGCGGAUCAUUUGAGGUCAGAAGUUCGAGACCAGCCUGGCCAACAUGGUGAAACCUUGUCUGUCUCUACUAAAAAUACAAAAAUUAAUUAGCCAGGCAUGGCGGCGGGUGCCUGUAAUCCCAGCUACUCAGGAGGCUGAGACAGGAGAAUUGCUUGAACCCAGGAGGCGGAGGUUGCAGUGAGCUGAGAUCACACCACUGCACUCCAGUCUGGCUGACAGAUGAUGAGACUCCGUCUCAAAAAAAAAAAAAAAAAAAGUAUACCCAAACUUCUAGUUCCCAGACCCCACAGUGAAGAUGUGCCAUAGCAGAGGCUGCGGAAACAAACAGGCAGUAAAAUCGUUUUGUUGUUUCAGUGAACAUAUUUUCUUACUGGUCACAACAGGGAGAAAAGCUUUGAGAUAUUAUUACAUUGUCUCCCUAGUGAGAUUAGAAGGCUAAGAUCCUAUGAUAUUGUCUUUAGUUACAUCAGUCUUGAACCAGGCAGCUUUUGAACAGGGACAACUCUUUUAUUUCAGAAGUCUUGGAUCCAGAAAGGCACUUGGUUUUUUAUUCUACAUGAGAAUACCUUGUUACUUCCCUUUUUAAUAGCAAGAUUCAAAAGAGAAAUAAAUGUAAUCAUGUAGAAGUAAAACCAAAUGCUUUUAAACAUGUAGACAAAGAAUUUUAUGUUUAAUAUGUCCACCAUUCAAAGAGUAAGGAUUUAUAAGGCAAGGAGUAUUCAGAUUAAACUGUAUAAAACAGUCUCACUAAUGACUUCCAGAAAGCUGUAUUUAAGUUGAAGCUUAGUCCACAGUGGAGCUAAGGAACAUUGAUAUAAAUAAACUUGUUACAAAAUGUGACAUUUCAGUCUGGUAUGAGGAAUACAUCAGAGCAAGUUUUUACAUCAUCAUGGCAUGCUCCAAGGCCUAAAAACUAUUUGUGCUUUUGAAACAAUAACAUUUAUUUAUUCAGGUGGCUCUUUUCUGGUUCUAUUAGAGUUUAUCGGAAAUAUGACUUGUUUAAAGCAUGUCAUUAUUACAUGGAAUCUAUAAUCUUUUCUUUUAGCUAGCUGAAUUAACUUAAUAUAUCAACUAAGUUGGAUAUUUUUUCAACAUUGCUAGGCAAGUAGCCUUAAGAAUUAUAAAGCCAGGCAUGGUAGUAGACACCUGUAGUCCAAACUACUCAGGAGGCUGAGCUGGGAGGAUCACUUGUGCCCAGGAGUUUGAGUCCAGCCUGGAUGACACAGUGAGACCCCAUCUCAAAAAUAAAUCUUUUUUUUUUUUCCCUUGAGAUGGGGUCUCACUCUGCCACCCAGGCUGGAGUGCAGUGGCACGAUCUUGGCUCACUGCAACCUCUGCCUCCUGGGUUCAAGCAGUUCUCCCACCUCAGCCUCCCCAGCAGCUAGGACUACAGGCGCGCACUACCACACCCAGCUAAUUUUUGUACUUCUUGGUAGAGAUGGGGUUUCACCAUGUUGGCCAGGCUGGUCUCAAACCCCUGAUCUCAGGUGAUCUGCCCACCUCAGCUUCCCAAAGUGCAGGGGUUACAGGUGUGAGCCACUGUGCCCAGCCAAAAGAAAAAAAAAUUUUUUUUAAGUAGUAUAAUAAGGGAGUAUGAAGGCUUAUAAGGAGUUAGAAUUCUGGCUGGGCGCGGUGACUCAUGCCUGUAAUUCCAGCACUUUGGGAGGCCGAGGCAGGUGGAUCAGGAGGUCAGGAGAUCAAGACCAUCUUAGCCAACAUGGUGAAACCCGUUUCUACUAAAAUACAAAAAAUUAAUUAGCUGGGUGUGAUGGCGCAUACCUGUAAUCUCAGCUACUUGGGAGGCUGAGGCAGGGGAAUCGCUUGAACCUAGGAGGCGGAGGUUGCAGGGAGCUGAGAUCAUGCCACUGCACUCCAGCCUGGCGACAGAGCAAGACUCUGUCUCAAAAAAAAAAAAAAAAAAAAUUCUAUUUAAUAGAAAACUCUGAAUCUUUCUUAUUUAUACAUUAAAAUAGGAAAACAUAGCCAAGAGCUUUAAUUUAGCUUAAACCUAUAUCUUGACAAAUAAUCCUGUGGGUAUUUUGCAAUAUUGCAUUCAAGUCAAGCCUAACUAUUAGCAAAUACACAAAUCAAGAGCCAUAUUUUGUCCUUAAUAAAAGAUAAUCGGCUGGGCACGGUGGCUCACGCCUGUAUUCCCAACACUUUGGGAGGCCGAGGCAGGUGUAUCACGAGGUCAGGAGAUCGAGACCAUCCUGGCUAACACAGUGAAACCCCGUAUCUACUGAAAAUACAAAAAAUUAGCCAGGCGUGGUUGCACGUGCCUGUAGUCCCAGCUACUCAAGAGGCUGAGGCAGGAGAAUUACUUGAACCUGGGAGGCAGAAGUUGCAAUGAGCCAAGAUCGCACCACUGCACUCCAGCUUGGGUGACAGAGCGAGACUCCAUCUCAAAAAAAUUUAAAAAAAAAUAGAAAAAUAAAAGACAACCAUUUAUUAACUAGAGUAAUACCCUAUUAUACCUUAUAGGCUCAGGAUAUGCUGCAGGAAAGGUAUAGAAUUAUUGCACAUUUGUGAAACUCACACUUCACUAUUCAACAUGGGCCCCAAUAACAGCAGGGAGCAAAGGAUUACUAAACUAGCCAGUACAUGAAUAGAUUAGGUUUAAUGAAUUAACUCCCAAGUGACACACUGUAUUUGGGAGAGAGACUCAUCUAGCCUAUUAUGAGUGUGUAGAUCUAAAAGUUUUCACACAUAAAUUUCAUUAAUUUGAAAGAUUAUUUUUAAACUGCAUAGGUCCACUUGCCUCCAAAUAAAAUGAACCUAAAAUAAAAACAAACUAUACUUUGUGAGACAUCCGGGUAUUCAGAAUUUUUCUACCUGUCUCUGAAAGUCAGAACCAUACUCCAAUGAGGCAAGUAUUUGGUUAUUCAACUUCUCAAAGUGUUUAUAUUAUACAUGGGCCAUAUUGUACAUAUUUAGAAAGUCUGUAGAUCAGCAGUCCCCAACCUUUUUGGCACCAGAGACUGAUUUCAUGGAAGGCAAUUUUUCCACGGACCUGGGGGCAGGGAGAAGGGAUGCAGGGAGGGGGUGGUUUCAGGAUGAUUCAAGUGCAUUACAUUUACUGUGCACUUUAUUAUCAUUUCAUUGUAAUAUAUAAUGAAAUAAUUAUACAACUCACCAUAAUGUAGAAUCAGUGGGAGCCCCGAGCUUGUUUUCUUGCAACUAGAUGUCCCAUCUGGAAGUGACGGGAGACAGUGACAGAUCAUCAGGCAUUAGAUUCUCAUAAGGAGCACACGACCUAGAUCCUUGCAUGCACAGUCCACAACAGGGUUCACGCUCCUCUAAGAAUCCAAUGCUGCUGCUGACCUGACAGAGGUGACCUGAUAGAGGUGGAGCUCAGGCAGUAAUGCAAGCAGUGUGUGAGCAGCUGUAAAUAUAGAUGAAGCUUCACUCUCACCUGCAGCUCACCUCCUGCUGUUCAGCGUGGGUGUGGGUGGCUGGGGACCCCUGUGGUAUAUUAUACACCCAUAGCAACUUUAGGAGAGAUAAUUUUUCCCAAUAUAACUGCAGAUUAUAAAAUUAAGUCAACAGUUAUUUUUCUUACCCUUCUAUGGUUAUUACUAUUCCAACUAAAUGUAUGAAUGGCCUAAUCUAAUUGUUUUUACAUCUUGGUUUAAUUUCUCAGUAACAAGUAAUUAUCACCAAAAUCUCAUUCCUUUUUUGAAAUCAAAACAAAAGCCCAAGUUCCUAGAAAUUAUUAUACAGGGAUAAAUGAAGCACUGAAGGUGAGAGAACCAUGAAAUUACAGUUGAUCCUGAACAACAUGGGUUUGAAUGGUGUGGGUCCACUUAUAUACAGGUCUUUUUCUGUAAGUAUAUUGGAAAAUUUUUUUGAGAUUUGUGGCAAUUUGAAAAAACAAACCAUGUAGCCUAGAAAUAUAGAAAAAUUAAAAAGUUAUGUAGAUACUAGCCUAUUUUAUCAUUUACUAUAAAAUACACACAAAUCUAUUAUAAAAAGUUAAAAUUUAUAAAAAUACAAACACAAACUGUACAUGGCACCAUUCACAGUUGAGAGAAAUGUAAACAAAGAUACAGUAUUAAAUCAUAACUGCAUAAAAUUAACUGUAGUACAUACUGAGCUACUAUAAUUAUUUUGUAGUUACCUCCUGUUGCUAUUGUGGUGAACUCAAGUGUCAAAAGAUCUGUUUAAAACACCAUGUGAUGCUAAUCAUCUCUGUGUGAGCAGUUCAUCUCUCCAUAAACCGUGGAUCACAGUAAAAAGUGAUCCCUUGCGGUUCUUGCAUAUUUUUCAUGGUUAGUGCAAUACUGUAAACCUUGAGGACAUAAAAACUGCAGGACCCAUAUGAAGUACCACCAGUCAUAGAAGUGCUCCCAAGAAGCACAGAAGAGUCAUGACAUUACAAGAAAAAGUUGAGUUGCUUGAUACCAUAGAUUGGGGUCUGUGGUUGCCCACCAUUUCAAGAUAAAUGAGUCCAGCAUAAGGACCAUUGUAAAAGAAAGAAGGAAAGAGAAGAAAGAAGGAAGGAAGGGAGGGAGGGAGGGAGGGAGGGAGGAAAUAAAAGAAAAACUCAUGAAGCUUUUGCUGCAGUUAUGCCACCAGGCAUGAAAACCUUGCACUUUUUGUGAAACAGGUUUUAACUUGCAUUUAAAAUGCAGCUUCAUGUGAGUAUGGGAGUGCUCUAAGGCAUAUCUAUAGAUUCCAAUGUGAUUCAAGAAAAAGCAAAGUUGUAUGACAAAGCAAAAGGAAAGUAGAUUUGCUGAUGAAGAGGCAGCAGACGAGUUCACAGAUGCCAUUCAGAAGAUAACUGAGAAGAAAAGAUAUCUGCCUUAACAGGUUUUUAAUGCAGAAGAAAGUGCCUAUUCUGGGAAAUAAUGCCACAAAGGAAAUUUAUUAGAAAGAUAAGCAAGCACCAUGAUUUAGGCAGGAAAGGAUAAGCUAACACUGUGCAAAUGCAGUUGUGUUUACGAUCAGGACUACACAUAUCUGUAAAGCUGCUAACCCCCAAGCCUUGAAGAAGAAAAAAAACAGCUGACAGUCUUUUGGUUGUAUACCAAGAAGUCCUAGACAAUGAGAACCCUUUUUCUGGAUUGGUUCUGUCAAUGCUUUGUCCCUAAAGUCAGGAAGUACCUUGCUAGUAAGACACUACCUUUGAAAGUUCUUUUGAUACUGGACAAUGCCCCUGGCCACCUAAAACCCCAUAAAUUCAACACCAAAGCGAUGAAGUGGUCUCUGUGCUCCCAAACACAACAUCUUUAAUUCAGGAAUAAGGGGGUCAUAAGGGCUUUUUAGAUCCAUUACACACAGUACUCUGGAAAGGACUGUCAAUACUGUGAAAGAGAACCCCAAGAGAGAACAUUAUGAAAGUCUGGAAGGAAUGAUUAUGCCAUGCCACUGAAAAUGCCAUCAUUGUUACAGAAAAAGCUGUGAAAGCCAACAAGCCCAAAACAAUAAAUUCUGGCUGGAGAAACCUGUGCAGAUGUUGUGCAUAACUUCAUAGGAUUUACAAAAGAGUCAGUCAAGGAAAUCAUGAAAGAGAUUGUGGAUGUGGCAAAAAAAGUGGGGUGUGAAGGGUUUCAAGAGAAAUUCAGGAGCUAAUAAACACCACACCAUAGGAAUUAACAGAUGACUUGUUGAUGGAGACGAGUGCUUCCAAAUCAGUGCAAGAUGAUGAGGAAGAAAACUUAGAAGCAAUGCCAAAGAACAAGAUGAUGUAAGACAAUCUGGCAGAAGGGUUCCAAUUAUUCAAGGCUGCUUUUGACUUCUUUUACAACAUGGACUCUUCUAUGAUAUGGACACUGAAACUAAAGCAAACAGUAGAAGAACGAUUGGUACCAUAUAGAAACAUUUUUAGAGAAAUGAAAAAAGCAAAAAGUCCAAUUACAAUGUAUUUCUGUAAAGUUAGACCAAGUGUGACUGCCUCUUGUGCUUCCCCUUCCACCUUUGCCACCCCUGAGUCAGCAAGACCAACCGCUCCUCUUCCUCCUCAGUCUACUCAAUGUGAAGAUGACAAAGAGGAAGACUUUUAUGAUGAUCCACUUCUACUUAAUGAAUGGAAAAUAUGUUUUCUCUUUCUUAGGAUUUUCUUUAUAACAUUUGUCUUUUGUCUAGCUCACUUUAAGAAUACAGUAUAUAAUACAAAUAACAUACAAAAUGUGUUGAUUGUUUAUGUUACUGGCAAGACUCCCAGUCAACUGUAAGCUAUUAAGUUUUGGGGGCAUCAAAGUUACACAUGAAUUUUUGACAGGAAAGGAGGAUGGUGCCCCUAACCCCUGCAUUGCUCAAGAAUCAAAUGUAUGACCCUCUAUCCUAACAGAAAAAAAAACCUACACAAAUGGUAAAUUACUUGAGGUCUAUUCUUCAUUCAACACAUUUUUAUUGAACACCUAUUAUAUGUUCUGGGGACAAGAAGAAGUCUCUGCCUUCAAGGGACUUACACUCUAGCGGGAAAGGAAAUGACAGACAGUCAAAAAAUAAACACGAUAAAAUUGUGGUAAGUGCCAUGAAGGAAAUCAAUAAGGUGAUGUAACUGAUAAUGGAUAAAAUGGGUAACUACUUUAACUAGGGUCAUCAGAGAAGGCCCUCUAAGGAACUGACAGCUGACAGCUGAGAGAUAAGCAGCAGCCAGCCAGAGAUGAACCUAAGAAAAUAUAUUCCAGGCAGAUGAAACAAGCUUGCACAAGCCUGAUAUGAGAAAGAACUUGGAAUAAUAGAAGAGCAGAGGGAGGUCAGUGUGGUGGUGAGGUAAAGGAGUGAGGCUGUAAAGUAAAGGAGGUGAAGCUGGAAGGCAAGGUAAGCAUGAUAAUGAAGGGCCUUGGAAGCCACCAAAGAGAAAGCUAGGAAAGGUUUAAGUAGGAACAAUGUUAGUUUCCAAAUUUUGAGGCUCAUUCAUGUGGCUAUGAAAAACCAACUGUAGGAGACAAGAAUGGAAACAGACCAGUGGGUCACACAGUAGUCCAAGUGAGAGUGAAGGAGGUUUAACCUAGUAGCUGUGGAAAUAUAGAACUGGCAUGACAUGGUAGUAGAUUAGAUACGGAGCUUUCGGCCUGAGCAAUUGGAGAAACUCACUUACUAAGGUAAGGAAGAGUUGUUUUACUCUUCAACUUACAAACAACUGAAAAACAAUUUUAAAAAUAUGAAAAAAAA